AUGGUGCUGCUGCUGCUGGUGGCCAUCCCGCUGCUCGUGCACAGCUCCCGCGGGCCGGCGCACUACGAGAUGCUGGGUCGCUGUCGUAUGGUGUGCGACCCGCACGGGCCCGGAGGCCCGGGCCCCGACGGCGCGCCCUCCUCUGUGCCCCCCUUCCUGCCUGGCGCCAAGGGAGAGGUGGGGCGGCGCGGGAAGGCAGGCCUGCGGGGGCCCCCGGGACCGCCAGGUCCCAGAGGGCCCCCAGGAGAGCCCGGCAGGCCAGGACCACCGGGCCCUCCGGGCCCGGGCCCAGGCGGAGUGGCGCCUCCUGCAGGCUACGUGCCUCGCAUUGCCUUCUACGCGGGCCUGCGGCGGCCUCACGAAGGUUACGAGGUGCUGCGCUUCGACGACGUAGUCACCAACGUGGGCAAUGCUUACGAGGCGGCCAGCGGCAAGUUCACCUGCCCGAUACCCGGCGUCUACUUCUUCACCUACCACGUGCUCAUGCGCGGCGGAGAUGGCACCAGCAUGUGGGCCGAUCUGAUGAAGAACGGACAGGUCCGGGCCAGCGCCAUUGCCCAGGACGCCGACCAGAACUAUGACUACGCCAGCAACAGUGUCAUUCUGCACCUGGAUGUAGGUGACGAGGUCUUCAUCAAGCUGGACGGCGGGAAGGUGCACGGCGGCAACACCAACAAGUACAGCACCUUCUCUGGCUUCAUCAUCUACCCGGACUGA